GUCUCCGGCAAUAAAAAUAAAUCUACAAUUUCUCGCUGAAAAUGGUAGUUUGUACUUUAAAUGAAGUGUUUACAAGUUUUCAGCACCGGGCGUCGAUUACACAUGGUAAACAUUACCUGUAGAAAACUCCUGGAAUAUCCCGAAAUAGACCGCGGGGGUGUGUCUAUAUCGAGCGAUCUGAUUGGCUGUUUUAACCUGUGACGCAAUAUCUACCAUUGGCUUAGCAAAACAACGUGAACGAAGCCGUUUUAGGCUUAAUAUAAUCGUAAUUAUGGCUGGGAUAGAGGUUCAUUAUGAAGAAAUUCAAUUUAUAGUACAACCAUAUCAAUUUGAACCAACUGUGAGAUCGGAACAACCCCAGUCAUCAUCAGAAUCUUCAACUGAAAGCGACUCAGAGCAAGAUUCGGACUUCGACGUGGUUGUGGUUGAUGAAUGGUGCAACUGUCAUAACUGUAUUGACAUGCCAACUGCAAUAGAGAGGAGAUGUUGCCACAGCUUUGGGGUGUGCCAGCUCAAACUAGAGGAAGCAGACAUCACCUGUAUUACAAAGCAUGAAGCUUUUCAAGUCAAUUGCCUCAACAGGCAUGUCCUCGAGCUUGCUUUCUACGAGUAUUUGGACUACAAUGGCCCAAUGAACAUUUUCGGAAUCUCAGACAACGGACAGCGGACUGCAAACAAUAGACGACUUGCGGGGAACGUAUAG